AUGGAUGAUUUUCAUGAUGUACUCUUGCCACCAUGCCGUACGAGUGGAAAAACAACUACAACGACACCUAGUUCUGCUAUGCCAAAUGGUUCAAAUGAUUACAUGUUACAAUUAGCAGCACGUGAAUUAGCCAAUUCAACGAAUUCAUCGAACAUCACCUCAACAUUAUCAAAAAGUUAUACAACAGCAGGGUCAACAUCGUUACCGACUUCAGAAACAACGGCAGAUAUUGAUUCAAAAAGCAUGUAUUCUUUGUUCACUGCACUGGGAACUGAUAUCUCAACUUUAGCAUUAGAUAUGGCCCCCGAGGUUAAAUUUGUACCGCCACGUCUUCGUGCCUCUAUUAUUAAAGGUGAAGAUGUGAAUUUAGCUCAUCUUUUGCUGCCUGUUGAUAGUAGUAGUGUCUCAUAUUGA